GUCAGGAACUGUACAAUGUAUAUGGGACAGGAGGUUGCCUUUUGCUAAUACUCAGUUUCCAACAUCAAACGUCCUUUUUGUCAGAACUUGCAGUGCGCAUGGGAGUUCUGGGUCUUACCCCAUUUUUGCAGAAAACCUGCCCAGAAGUUAUCAGAAAACUUCCAGACCGCCUCAGAUCUCUCUGCGGUAAGACCAUUGUCAUUGAUGGCACUCUUAUAACCCAGCGCCUGCACUUCGCACCCAUGCCUCAUCCUCAUAGACACGUCCUCGGGUGGCACCGCAUAAUCACGGAACUCAAAGAGUGUAAUGUGAAAGCAAUUUGCGUCUUCGACGGUAGAGACCGUAGCGUUGCCAAAGCUCGAGAGGUAGAACGACGCAGGGAAAUACGGAGGCUGGACGCAGCUCGUUCGUCCAUCGAGGUAGAAAGACUGAGCAGACUUCGAAAAUUGAUGCGACUACUACCGCAAUAUCGUUCCAUGGAUCCGCCAGACCGUCGACGUGUCACCGACGCGUUAGAACACGUAUCAGUGGCUCCGACGACCAUUCCUACAUACUCCCAGCCUUCAUUGUCACCGUCGGGUUCCAUUCAGAAUGAUGUGAACUCCGUUAUUGUUAAUACCGCUCGCUCUCAGACAUGUCCGUCUGGUCAUUCUGAAUUUGAGCAGGUCUUCAAUGCUCUGUCAUCAUAUCCAGAGGAAGAUACCCUUUCGACACUUUACGAUUCUGUUAACAUUUCGGACGCAGACAUGAAGGAGAUUCUUCUCGCUCGUACAGGUCAAUCAGUUGCCGUCAUCACGCCUAGUGAUCCCAAGUCAUGGCCAGACCAUAUAAACAGUUCAGCGUUGGAUCCGGGUGCUUCCCUUAUUGAAGGUAUACCAAACCUCCGAAUGCAAGACCUCCCUCUUGGUCCAGGCAUCGGGAAAGAUUCCGUAUCCCCACCAGAGGAUGUGCUUUUUGCGCUUUCCACCCUAUAUCAAGAGUAUCGCGACUGCGUCGCACAGAUCACUUCACUUCCCUCUACCGUGGAGGUCCCAGAGUCGCCAGACGAGACCCGCGUCGAGAACAUUAUGUCGAGGUCCCAACUCCAAAUGACAAUAGAGGAAGGCCAAAUAUGGGACACACUUGCAGACGCUCCUGAGACGGCGCUUACAACACUGGCUGAAAAGAGUGGUGUUAUCUCCGAGUCUUACGCUCGCCGAUCGAAUCCUCCUACCGUUCAGACGUACGAGGAGAGCAAGGAGAUAUUGCGCGCCAUGGGAGUGCCAUGCAUCGAGUCAGAGGGACCCUUUGAAGCAGAGGCUCUCGCAUCCUCACUUGUCAUCCAUGGCAUAGCUGAUUACGUUGCAAGCGAAGAUACGGACGUCCUAGUCUAUGAGGCUCCCCUCAUUCGAAAUAUCGCCAAUAGAAACGAUCCACUAAUCCUCGUUUAUGGGUCCCACGUUCGUUCUGCUCUCCAACUUUCCAAGUCCGCAUAUAUCGACUUCCUCUUGCUCCUCGGCACGGACUUCUCACAGCGGAUCAAGAACGUUGGUCCUCAGCGCGCACUCAAGUUCAUCCGUGAAUAUGGCAGCAUCGAGCGUGUAAUCGCACAAGAACACAAGUAUCCGCCGCGGCUCUCCAAACAGAUGUACCUAGAACAAGUAGGCAUCGCUCGGCUCGCAUUCGCAACUCUGCCUCCUACUCCGGACCCUGAAAUGCUGAAGCAACGCGAUGUAAACCACGCGAAGGUUGCAGACAUUGUACAAAAGUAUAGAUUACAGAGAGUACUGCCCGUUCAGUGGAAUCACGGUACUGCGUUGGAGGGCAAUUAUUUUGCUGAUAAUCCUAGGGCAAGGAAGUUGACGCCCUCUGCGUACACUUCAUGGUAGUCCAUCGAACGUUCGUCUCAAGUCUUUUUAGAUGAUUAGUUACAUUAUUGGGCUGUUCUUGUCACUCACACUCAACGGUUUAAUACAAUCCAGCCUAUUUCGACUUCCGCAACAACGAUCACCCUCCACCUCCUUUGCCCCUACGUCUGCCCAGCAAUUCACGACUUCCACUAUCCUCACUACUUUAUCCUCUUCAGUCACGUCUUCGUUGACUAUAUCCUCGAGCAACCUGAGCACCUCCAAGACCUCAAUUUUGUCUACAUCUCCA